AGCCCCGCAGACUCUCACUCUUUGGUCUCCGGCUCGGUUCCGGCGGUUCGCGCGCUGCGAUUGCUGGAGACGCGUCCUGCGCGGGCAGAGGCGUGUGGACCCCGCGGCCUCCCCCACCCCAGCCGCAUGUUUGAGGAGCCAGAGUGGGCCGACGAGGCCCCAGCAGGGGCGGGCUUGCGGCCUGGAGCUCCACGGCCUCCGCCCGCCGCAGCCUCGCAGAUCAAGGGCUCCAAGCACCGGCAGCUGUUGGCCACAUUACGGGCCCUGGAAGCAGCAUCUCUUCCCCAGCAACCCCCUAGCCUGCCCAGCAGUGACUCCGAAGAGGAUGUGGUGGAAAGGAAGAAGAAACGCCCCAAAAAGGCGUCAUCUGCCAGCACUUCUAUUGAAGUAAAGAAGAGGAAGAGAUGUCAAAAACAGGGCCCGCCUGGCAGUGAGUAUGAAGAAAAGGAAGUAGAAAGGAAGAAAAAGUGCCUCAAAGGGGUUUUUAAUGCCAAUGAUUCUGCCAAAGAACAGAAAAGAAAGAAGAAAUGCCAGAAGCAGGUCCCCUCAAGCCCUACCCAGCACCUGGAUGAUGAUAACCAAACAGGUCCCAAAGCUUGGAAGAGUAGCGCUAUGAGUGACCUAUCCAAGCCAAGUCCUGGAACCACUUCUAACCCUCCCCAGACCUUGAGCCGUAAGCAGUGGCGGAACCGGCAAAAGAACAAACGGAGACAUAAGAACAAGUUUCGGCCACCUCAGCCGUUGGACCAGGCUCCAGCCACAGCCCCAACAGAGGAGGCAGAGGUGCCUCCUGCCCCCAGUCCAGAUAACCAUGAGGAUCGGGCCGGGGCUCUGCGAGCCCGCAUGGCCCAGAGGCUGGAUGGUGCCCGAUUUCGCUACCUCAACGAACAGCUAUACUCAAAGCCUAGCAGUGCCGCACAGCGCCUCUUUCAGGAAGACCCUGAGGCUUUUCUCCUCUACCACCGCGGCUUCCAGAGCCAAGUCAAGAAGUGGCCACUGCAGCCAGUGGACCGCAUCGCCAGGGAUCUUCGCCAGCGGCCUGCGUCCCUGGUGGUAGCUGACUUCGGCUGCGGGGACUGCCGCCUGGCUUCAAGUAUCCGGAACACUGUGCACUGCUUUGACUUGGCGUCUCUGGACCCCAGGGUCACUGUGUGUGACAUGGCUCAGGUGCCUCUGGAGGAUGAGUCCGUGGAUGUCGCAGUGUUCUGCCUUUCACUGAUGGGAACCAACAUCAGGGACUUCCUAGAGGAGGCAAAUCGAGUGCUGAAGCAAGGGGGUCUCUUGAAAGUGGCUGAAGUCAGUAGCCGCUUUGAAGACGUUCGGACCUUUCUGGGGGCUGUGACCAAACUGGGCUUCAAGGUCAUCUCCAAGGACCUUACCAACAGCCACUUCUUCUUGUUUGACUUUGAAAAGACUGGGCCUCCCCGGGUAGGGCCCAAGGCUCAGCUCACAGGCCUGAAGCUUCAGCCAUGUCUCUACAAGCGCAGGUGACCUCUGGGCCCACCUUGAAAGGGGAAGCAAGUCUUGAACUCCAGGCUCAGAACUCUGAAGACUGUAUCCAGCCAAGCUCUGACUCAGGAACUGGUACAUCCCUUCCUCUGUCCCAAGACCAAAGUAUAAUGAAACCCCCUGAUUCAGCCCAACUCUAAGGGAGGCUUCUUGGUUGUGAGAGGCAUAAAGUCACUUGGGCUAGCUAAAGAAUAAGGAGUUUAUUGUUAAAAUACAAGUGUAUCGGGGAAUUAUGAGUCUUCCAGAUGUGGGAACUAGCUGGUUUGGAAUUCCAGGCAUCUCUGGGUUUGGCUCUUCUUUCCAUCUCUCAGGAGCCACAUGGACUUUCUGUCCUGUCAUCUCUACUCUCUUCUGAUUUCCAUCUGCUGAGGAAAUCUACAGCCAAGGCCGGGUACAUAAGUGCACAAUAAACUUCAGCUAUGGCUGUGAUGUGUUGUAAGCCUUACUAUUUUCUAAAGCCCUUCCUUAGGGUUGAAGGUUGAAGAGUAAAGAAUGGAUUUGUUGACUGGGGAAGACUGAGAGAGAGUUCAAGGUAGGCCUUCUAAUGGGCUUCAUUUCACAGGGUAUUCAGAGAUUGUUGAUAAGUUCUUGGAGGAGGAUGGUAAGGGAGCUGGGUCUCUUCAUAAAUAACUAGUUGAUGCCAUGGUAGUGUGGAGCAUUGGGCUGUCCAUUGGCACAAGGGUCUGUGUUGUUUUCACCUUGCAGCGGGCCCAUAUCAGCAUGCCUAGGAAAGUUAUGGGAAAGGAAGGCUGGUAUUGGAAAAAGAUGAACUGGGAUGAUAGACCCUUGCCCUCUCUUCGAAGGUAUCUGCUAUGGGUCUAGGUAUAAAGACGCAGCCUCUUACCUGUUGUGAAGGGCAAAAACUGACAGUGCCCACUGGGACACAGCUUCCAGGGCUCUAAGCCAGUCAGAUACCUCCAGUGAGGAGAUGGAGGCUUUGAGGUAUGCUGUAGGCCAGAGAGCAUGUUUGGAGGCUAGGCUGUGUCCCCCAGUGUCUUUGAAUGUGCUCUUCUGUCUGCUGAAUACUGACUGAUGGAGUCUUAUUCAUCCUUCCACAUAGCUUAGUUGUUCCCUGCUGCACCCCUCCCAAAGCAGAAUUAACUUCUUCAUCUGCUCAUCUGCUUUCUUCAAAUUGCACUGAUUGCUUUGUGCAUUAGGCUGCGGUCUUUUCUUUUCUUUUCUUUUUUUUAAAGAUUUUUAUUCAUUUAUUCAUGAGAGAGAGAGAGAAGCAGAGACACAGGCAGAGGGAGAAGCAGUCUCCAUGUAGGGAGCCCGAUGUGGGAAUCAAUCCCAGCACUCCAGGAUCAUGCCCUGGGCCGAAGGCAAGCACUACACCACUGAACCACCCAGGGAUCCCUAGGCUGCGGUCUUUUUGACUCGUAUUUAUCUUCAUAUUCUCAGAGCUUGUCACUGAGGUGGUGGAAAAACAGGGUCUAGUUGAGUGGGACUGAUGAGAGGAGGGUGUUGCAGGAACCCAGGUUCACAGUUCAAGAUGUGAGCACCAGGGACAGGGACAAUGCAAGUAAGCAGAUGGGAGAAGUUGAGCAGGUGGGAUAUUGAAGGUUGGUGAGAGGAAGGAAUCUGAAGUAAGUGUCUUCUUGCUUGAGCAACAGGUUGGGCUGGUGCUGUCAUUGAGAAUGUUGGGUUUUAGGUACCUGUUUGAUGUUCAUUUGGAAGAGGGAUGUAAAAAUGCCAGGAGAGAUCUUUGCUGGGAUUUGGGAAUAAGCCAUCCAGAGGUGGUAAUUAAAGUCAUGGGAACAGAGAAGGUAUCCAGAAUAAUAUAUAUAGAGAAAACGGCUCAAUAAAAUUCUGAGGAGCAUGUAAUGGAUAAGGAAAAGCAAAUGGACCCAUCAGGGUGACAAUGUGAGAAGGUUGGUCAAGAAAUGGAGGAGUAAAACCAAGAGAGUGAGUGCUUUCAAUAUGGAAGGAAGGGAUGGGGAAGUCGUCAGCUGUCAAAUGCUGUUGCAAGGUCUGUUAAAAUUCAGAGUGAAGUCAGAUUGCAGUAAGGUAAAAAUUGCUAAAUAAUGUUGAGGGCUUCUUUGAAUUUAUAUUGGUAUUACUCAUGACUUUAUGGUUACACCAGCCAGCCCAGUGGUGUGGUUAUCUCUGCCUAUUCAGGAAUCUAGGUGUAGCUGUGGGGAAAAUGAACAGUAAAGGAUCAUCCAGAGCUGAAAUCUUGCCAUGCGAUGCAAAUGAAAGGAAAGCAAACAAAGGCAUUUCACACCAUUUAGAAGUAACAUCACCAUGUGGGAUUGGGCAAUGUUGUAGAAGUGGUAGGAGAGUGAAGACGAGGAAUGGGUUGUUGCACUAGGAAUCAUUAAACAAGCAACCUGGGCAGAUGAGAACUGGUGGUCAGAAAUUAGAGUGCCUGAAUUCUUAGUGUUGGAAGCAUAGCAGCUCCAGGCAAUGGCUGAGCCUAGAGUGAAGCCACAGGGGUCAGUCCCUGAGAGGCGUGUGAGGGAGAUGCCUGUACACUGGAUAAUGGACUGAGGGCUCUGGUAUUAUGGGGAGGUCUUGUCUGAUUGGAUUUUGAAGUUCUCCAGGAUGAUGAUAGAAGUUGGCACAGAACAGGUGCCAACCUCUUGAGGGAGGAGGCUGAUCCAGGAGAUAUGCAGAGAAAGUGACAGGGAAGCUAGAUGGCACGAAUUUCAGAAGUGCAAGGGGUUUGGGCUGCCUACUAGAGAGACUGCCAUUUUGGGAGCAAUGUGAGGCUGAUGAGUGGAGCUGGCUACUGGGAUAAAACACCCUCACAGUCCUCUCCAGCUUGUCAGGAUUCACUGGGGAAAUUAUUAUUAUGGCAGCUGCAUGGGACAGGAGCCUCCAGGAGUAAGGGGAGGCAGGCCACAAAGUCCAAGGGAGGUGUUGGAGUAGCAGGCAUGUCAUUGUGGGACACACUUUACCUUUGAUAGGUUCCUGUUUCUUUCUUUUUUUAUAUAUAAUUUUUUAAAUUUUUAUUUAUUUAUGAUAGUCACACACAGAGAAAGAGAGAGGCAGAGACAUAGGCAGAGGGAGAAGCAGGCUCCAUGCACCUGGAGCCUGACGUGGGAUUCGAUCCUGGGUCUCCAGGAUCGCGCCCUGGGCCAAAGGCAGGUGCCAAACCGCUGCACCACCCAGGGAUCCCAGGUUCCUGUUUCUGUUCUUUCACAGAUGUUCAUAUUCCUAGAUCUUGGUUAAUUUUCCCUUUUUUUUUUUUUUUUUUUAAUUUUCAGCAAGACAGCUAGGAUCUGCUUUUUUUUUUUUGUUCUCCUUACUUACCAUUUGGAUUCUUCCUUUACCUGUUCUGGCUCAGUCCACCCAAGUAAAUAUUUCUCUGGCUUGGACUCAGCUCAGGCCCACUGGUAUCUCCAUCGGUUGCUCUGAUUCUGAAAGCGGGACUCCUCUGAGCCUGAUCUGGGGCCUCCCGGCUCCAUUAUUAGCUCCCAGAUAAACUCUUGGGCAAGCCGAAGUUCCUAGACCUCAGUGUUUAAUGUUGAGAGCCUAGGUUGGAGAGAGAACAGUAUAUUUCCUUAAGAAAUAACAGCAUGACAGCUAAGCAAACUAGUUUGAAGACAAUUUGAGAACAGGUUGAAAGAAGGGCAAGAGUAGUAAAAGGUAAGUGGGAGGGGGUUGCUCUACUGUGCAAGGCAGCGCAUUAGAAUCACCCGGUGAUUACCAAGCCCUCCCCCAGUUUCUGAUUCAGGAGAUCAGGAUAGGGUUUGAGAAGUUUUAUUCUGGUUGCUUUGGUUUUUCACAGUGAAGUAGGAAGCAGGGUUGAGAGAGUAGCAGAGAAGGGGUUGGAGUUUUGAGGCAAGGAGAACGUGAAUAUCCUCAAGAGAGUAAGACGGAAUGAAUGAAUAAGGAAAAUUGAGUAUGAUUGCUGGUGGUAUUAAUAGCAUGCUUGAGGUUCAAGGUCAGAAAGAGGAUGCAUGGGAAGAGGCUGUGCAGGAUGGCUUUGUAGAGAGCUUGCUGUUGUGAGACGGCACAGCUGGACUGUGGGGACCCACCCCCUUCACCUUAAACCUAACUGCGGACUCCACUGGGACCAUUCAGGAAGCUUGAAGAAUUUAUUCCUACAGCUGAGGAAUGAUGAGGCUGGAGUCUGACUCCUGCCCUGGGAAUGUAGAGGGCAAGCAGAGACUCACUAACUGUUUCAGUGGUGGAGCUGGGGGAGUGCUGCUGCUUUUGCAUAGACCUGCAUUCCCAGAAUUGGCUGUGGCAAGUGAUGCAGGUGUCACGUAUCCUGUGCAUCUUGCAGGAAAGAGGGAAGCAUGAGGUGGUCUUGGGUCCUGUCCAGUAGGACCAUUUGAGGAAGCAAGGAGACCUUAGCACAAAGAAGCUAGGAAUGUGCCAUGUGGGCUGAGGAGGGAGAUGCAAGAGACCACACACUAAUGCUGCCUCUACCAGGGUCAAGGGGACAGCAGGGAUAUCCCCUUUAAGUAUCUGCCAGGCCCAUAGGGCACAAAAGCAUCCAGUCUAGCAAGAACCUUCUGACCACUCUUACCCCUUACUCCUAUGCAGCUGGGCCCAGAGCAGUCAGCAGCUGUUAGGUAGUUUGGAAGUAAGAAGAACAAAGAGCACUCAGAUUAUUCUUCCCCUCCCCAGCUCAGGCUCCUGGAGACUAGACUUAAGUGGGGCAGGGCUGGGAGGGGAAGUAGUUAGAGCUACAGUAAGUACAGAUUAUUUACUGUUACAUAGGGUUAUUCUAAUUGCUUGUGGUUACUUAGGACUAUUAACUAAGAAUGAGCUGAAACGUCCCAGGCUUGCUGCAGUUUCUCUCCACAGCAGGGGAAGAGUGCCCCCAAAUGAAAAAAGCCUGCAGGGUUAGUGAGAGACAAGAAUCCGGUUGGGUUUGGAUGGUAGCCUGUGCCUUGUGCUUGUUCAGCGUGCUUUGAGAGGUCUCUUGCUGCUGCAGUGUUUGGUGUGCUCCAGCCUUUAUUCCUGUAACACAGCCGUAUGGGAACAUAGUUCCAAAGGAAACAACAUGGUCUUGGCAGAGACACAGCUCAGCUCCAAACACUCAGCCAUUUACAUAUUUGCACAAAGCCCUUUACAGCUUUUCACAGGCGGAGACCCGCAAUUAGAGCUUUGUAUCCACAGGUCAUCCUCCUUCCCAAGUGACUUCUCAGACCAGCCACCUGGUUCUAGGAUGGCACCUGGUUCUAGGACGGUCAACCACUGUAGCAACUGCCUUACUGGUUUAACUAUUUCCACUUCUGCCCCCAAAGCGAUUCAUUUCCACACAGCCAAGUGAUGUUUUUAAAAUGUAAAUCAGAUAUGUCAUUUCUCUUUUUAAAAUCCUUCAAUGGGUUCUCAGUGCUUUGAGACAAAAGACAGACCCGUUCCCAGGCCCUCUGUGAUCUUGCCCCAGGCCUCGCUCUCCCGAAUGCGUCUUAACCCACUCCUUCCUCAUGAGGCUCCAGCCACAUGGGCUUUGUCAUUCCUCACACAUCCCAACCUGUUCUGCUGGGUUUUCAGACAUGCUGGUUCAUCUUCCUACAAUACUUUUUUUGUGAUGAGCUCAUUUUCAUCUUCCAGGUCUUCACAUCACAUCCCCUUUUUUUGUGAUGAGCUCAUUUUCAUCUUCCAGGUCUUCACAUCAAUAUCUUCUGUAGAAGAAACUGGCUAGAUGCUUACCAAAAUGUCCAUCUCAGGCAGCCCCGGUGGCUCAGUGGUUUGGCGCCGCCUUUGGCCUGAGGUGUGAUCCUGGAGACCCAGGAUCAAGUCCUGCGUCGGGCUCCCUGCAUGGAGCCUGCUUCUCGCUUGCCUGUGUCUCUGCCUCUCUCUCUCUCUGUGUGUCUCUCAUGAAUAAAUAAAAUCUUAAAAAAAAAAAAUGUCCAUCUCAUGGACACACAGUUAAAUUCCAUUUCCCAGCUCCUAUGUGAAUAGGCCUCACCACUGGAAAGCAAGUAGAAAUGAUGUUUUACUACCAGACCAAGACAAUUAAAGAGUGGAUCAGCCUUCUCCACAUUCUUCCACCUACUCUUGCCUUCCUCAGUAAUGUUGAAGCCCAUGUUUUGAAGACCCAGAACAUAGAGUCUGAGUCACUGCUUAGAGGAAAGCUCUUUGACCAAGAACAUCCACAUUGGACUUUAAACAAAAAUAAACAUCUAUUACAUUAAGUUCCUGAGCUUUAGGAAGGUUACAGAAACCAGCAUUAUAGGGCAGCCCGGGUGGCGCAGCGGUUUAGUGCUGCCUGUAGCCCAGGGCGUGAUCCUGGAGAUCCGGGAUCGAGUCCCACAUCAGGCUCCCUGCAUGGAGCCUGCUUCUCCCUCUGCCUGUGUCUCUGCCUCUCUCUCUCCUGCUCUGUAUCUCUCAUGAGUAAAUAAAAUAAAAUCUUAAAAAAAAAAAAAAACCAGCAUUAUAUACCCUGGUUAAUAUAUCUUUUCUGGGCAUCCUGUUGACCUCACUCUAGAUCACAAAACCCUUUCUGUUUCCUUCAGGGUGCUUCAAACGUAGAAUUUUACCAGGUGCCAGUCAACACUCCUGCCUGUUCUAUAACUAUUAAUGGAGAGAAAAACAAUCACAUGAGGAAGUUGAAAUACUCAUUUUAUCAGUUGUGUUUUGAUUGUGAUCAGAAGAAAAUAUCCCACUGAAGAAUGUCCUAAACACAUUAGAUUUUUUUUCUAGUGUAAUUAGAAACCUGAAGGUAGGGGCUGUUCGCGUUGGUUUAGGAACUCAAGGAUGUUAACCGUUAGGCUGUUAUUCCUUGGUCUCUUGAUUCUGAUGGUCGCAAGAUGAUGGAUGUGUUCUUGAUUAAGCAGGGAUGCCCUACUUAACUGUUUUUCUUUUUGGAGUCUUGCUGAUUACCACAGCCCCUAUCUUUUUGGCCUUACUUCAAGGGUCCUUCUGCAUUGUUAAUACCCUGCUGUAAAUAUGUUCCAUUAUUUUUUUUUAAGAUUUUAUUUAUUCAUGAGAGACGCCCAGAGAGAGGCAGAGACAUAGGCAGAGGGAGAAGCAGACUCCCUGUGGGGAGCCUAAUGUGGGACUCUAUCCCAGGACCCCAGGAUCACGCCCUGACCCAGAUGCUCAACUGCUGAGCCACCCAGGCGUCCCUCUUCCGUUAUUCCCUACAACAUAACUGAGGCCAAUCUAAAAUAUUAACAUUUUAAAUAUGUUUGUCUCCCCUACCCUUUCCCAUACCUCAGUGACCUGUCAGCAACCUAUCCAAUUCAAAGCUAUUCUUCCUCCAGCUCAGUGGGAUGGGGGACACAUUGUUUCUUUCACUCGUUCUUUACCUUCUCUGUUACUUAGGAUUGGGGUGAGGAGGGCACAUUGGAGGAGAAAAAGCUAAACUCCAUCAGUGUGCUCUACCAAGACAUUUAAAUAUUGGCUCUCAUGUGGGGUAUUGGCUCUCUCUGGAGGCUCCAUGGGGACUUGUGCACUGACUGGCUUUGCUUCUCUCUUUAUGAUACACAGCCUGCACUUCCCCUGGGCAGCCCUUCUGGGAGAGGUCCCAACAAACACCUCACGACUGGUUCCCUUUUAUGAAGCCCACCAGAAACUCAUGCAUGUUUUUGUCCCACCAAACACUAAAAGUGCAGGCCAGCCAGCAGCUGAUUCCUCUCCCCUUGCUUGCCCCAGCAAGCCCGAUGGACUUCUCCAUGUGAGAAAUAAGCACCAACUUGUAUAUGACAUGACUCCAAAAUAAGUAAUUCAGGUUCUAUUCUCCCAAGAAGCCUCUGCACCAGGCUCCACCUCAGUGGUCGUAUGGAGAUUCCUGAGUGUGGCAAGCCUCUAGCUAGAGAAUGUAAUCUGAGUGAAUAUAAAGCCUGUCCCUUGUGGGAACACAAAAGGACUAUAAAUGGUUCUGUUGGAGCCUUCCUUACUUGGUUUAGGAUGGAGGGAACAGCACUGCUCCUUUGCCUUGCAAGGAGGAAAAGUUCUCAUCUUAAAAAUUUCCAUCAAUGCAUCUUUCAUUUCCCCCUUUUUAUAUAGUAGAAAGUUGAGUUGAGAGUCUCUGGAUCAGCUUUGAUUAUCUUAGAGUAAAUUCUCUUUGGAUAUAUCCAGCAUCUUUAUUUAGAACGUGUCAGUACCUGUUAUCUACUGUGUUCAGUUUUGGUGUAUUUUCCAAAGAUCUUCUACAACUGAAAAACUCAUUUAACAUCCUCUUUCUUAUGUUCAUAUUCUUAGAGAAUGUGAGCUGUUUGUGUGCAUGUGCUUUUAUAUAGAGUGUUACUGACAAUUUAUUUUUACUUUGCCAUCCCUCUCCCUCACUCAGCUGUGUUUUUAAUAUCCAUUCACAUAUCAAUCAGGGCCCUGUCAGGGAAAUGCAAACCACACUAAGUACUUAAGUGACAGCAUUUAACUCAGAGAAUUAAUUGCAAAUGUUAGAAGGCUGGAAGAAUAGGAAGAAGUUGCUGAUGUAAUUCAAAAAUUAGUAACUGGAGAAAUCAGAACAUCCCAAGUCCUGGGAAAACAAACAGGAAGAAGUGAUAUAAUCACCGGAAACUGGUUGCUCAGAGAACGAGCCCCUUUUGACUGGUUCUUGGAGCUCUGUAGGGGAAGCUUCUUCCUCGUACCUAGGGCUUAGACUUCUGAGCAAGGGCAUGACUGCCUAUCUACUGCUAAAAUCUCUAUAACAAGUGAGGCAAAGGUGCUGCUAAAUGCAGCAGCAGCUCGUAGCUGGACAGUUGCCUGCAGCUGAAGUAGUGUGACAGCAGCUGGAGAACAGGAAUGAAGGGCCUUCCUGCUGUCUUUCAUUUUGAGUUUCCCUUUAGGAAGUCCCAUUGAUAGGAAGGACCUGAUGGAACCAGCUGGCAGUAGAUUCUGGGAAAUAGAGUUUGCAGAAUCUCUGCUGCAGCAAGACAACCGGAGUGUGUGUAAGGGGGUGGGGAGUAGGGUGGAGUGGGAGGUUGUGCUGCAGAGGGAGAUAGUCUGGUGGCUAGGAGCCCAAAUAGGUAAAUAAGGGAUAUCAUCUGUGUAGCUACUUAUACAGGUACUUUGUCGCUUCUGUCAGCCAUGCAGUGUUCCAGGGUAUACAUCCACCAUAGUAAAUAUGUCCAUUUACCUGGUUGCUUCAAAUUCUUUGCCACCUGGAGAAAUUAAAAUCCUUGGAGCUAGGAUCCUCAGUAAAAACUAUGUUACAUCAAUUAGAUUCAGUCAUGAGAUUUGGGAGGCAAGGGUCCUCUUCCUGUGCUUGGCUGUUGCUACUGGAAAGCAGGUUUAUCUAGAUGUUUGGCUUUCUGCAGCUGCUUUCACACUAACACCAAGGAUGAAGUAAGGAUGCCUACUGUAAUGGCUGGAGCUCCACAUGGGAUGGAGGUUCAACAGGUAAAAUACCAUCUACUCUGUGACACUUUGAGUUUUGCUAUAACAAAGUGUGGUUAAGAAGAGAAGGUACUGGAAAGAUGUCAAUAAGUAAUUCACAAAACUUAUGAGAAGUCCAAGCAGUGAGGCCUAGAAAACACCUGGACCAAGAGAGGAUGGACAGCUAUAAAAACUAAGGUCACAUGUCAGAGUCAGUCUUGUUAGCAUGGCUGCUGGACUUUUUCUUUAUUACUGCAUAGGUUGAUGUUAAGAAUUGAGUUAAGCCUCCUACAUUUAUGGCCCUGUUUUAGGAUUGGCCCACGAAAGCUCCCUCUUAUUCUUUGUUUCCUUUAUUCCUGAUUCUUGCUCUUCUGUUCAUCACCCCCACAACAUGUUGUUGUGUGUCCCUAGAUACAUAUGUAUCUUUGGCCACACAUAUGGUUUGGGUAUAUAUAUAUGUUGUGGAAGAGACGCACCAGCUGUUCCUCACACCCAUUUUCUCCUUCCUGGGAAAUCAGCUGGACUCUUUCCCAGCUUCCCUGACCCCUUAGUAUGGCCACAGGAUUGAACCUAGCCAGUUAGAUGGUAGCGGUUGUAUCCACAAUGGCCAACUUAAUGCAUUUGCACAUAUGACCUUGAAAGCUCAGCCACUGAGCCACCCAGGUGGCUGCUUUGAACACCCGGCCAGAUCUUUGUGUUCAAGAGAAGUGAUGUUGGUGAAAGUCCUUGUCUCACUCUCAAGCUUGAAAAAACAGUGCUUAGUAUUUCAUCAUUGGGUGUGAUAUUUGCAGCAAGGCUCUGAUUAAUGGUCGUCAGAUUAAUGAGGUGCCUUUCUGUUUGCUAUUACUUUUAUUGUGAAUUGGAUUUCAAAUUUUGUCAAAUGCUUUGAAUUGAGAUGAUCAUAUAUAUUUUUAAGAGUUCUGUCAGUGUAGGCAUGUCUGGGUGGUGCAGUCCGUUGAGCAUCUGACUCUUGGUUUUGGCUCAGGUUGUGAUCUCAGGGUUGUGAGAUUGAGCCCUGCAUCUUGAGACUCUCCCCCCCCCUCUCUCUCUCCCUUUCCUGCGUUUGUGCGCACAUGCUCUCUCUCUCUCUCUCUCUCAAAUAAAAAUAUUUUUUAAAAAGUUUUGUCAGGACACCUGGGUGGCUCAGUGGUUGAGCGUCUGCCUUUGACUCAGGGAGUGAUCCCAGAGUUCCAAGAUCAAGUCCCACAUCAGGCAUCCUGCAUGGAGCCUGCUUCUCCAUCUGCCUGUGUUUCUGCCUCUCUCUUUCUUUGUCUCUCAUGAAUAAAUAACAUCUUGAAAGAAAAAAAAAGUUCUGUCAGUGUAGCAAGUAAUAGAUUCACUUCCAUAUGUAUGAUCAACCUUGAAUUUUUAGAGUAUAAUCACUUUAGUUGAUUAUUAUCCUUUUUCAUAUAUUGCUGAAAUCAAUUUGGUAAUAUUUUGCAUAGGACUUUUGCAGCUGUGCUCAUGAAUGAACAUAAAUGUUUUCCUACAAAUCUUCCUUUUCUCAACACUGAGUGCUAUACCUGUUGCUAUAUGUACUUUUAACUCAUGUUUCUUUUUCUUCAAAUGCUCUAUUGGCCUCCCAUCUCUCUCAUAGCAUAAUCUAGAUUUCUUACAGUGACCUAAAAGGCUCUGUAUUUUCUGGAUUCCAGUUAUCUAACAUUCACUCCUUUUACUCAUGUUUUUUCAGCUACAUGGUCCACUAUGCUAUUUAUUGAAAAGUCUAGGCAUACCCCUGCUGCAGGCCACUGUACUUAUUAUUCCAUCUAUGUAGAUUGUUAUUUCCAUGAUAUAUACAUGACUCACUUAUGCACUUCAUUCAGGUCUCUUUUCAUGUCAAUUUUUGUAGUCCCCUCCUCUCUACUGCCAUCCAUGCUUAAUUUUUCUUCAAGGAACUUAUCACCUUUCCAAUUGCAUUUUUGUUUAUAUGAUUAUUGUGUAUUUCUCCACACCAAAAUAUAAAUUCCAAGACAACAGGCACUUGAUCUAUUUUAUUCAAUACUGUACCCCUAGGAUCUAAGACUUACUUGCCUCCAAUGUCUUUAGUUUUCUAGAGUUUCCAUUUAUUUAUUUAUUUGAGACAGAAUAAGAAAGCAUCAGCAGAGGGGAGAGGCAGAGGAAAAAGUAGGUUCCCCAAUGAGCAGGGAGUCUGAUGUGGGGCUCUAUCCCAGAACCCCAGGAUCAUGACAUGUGCUGAAGACUCUUAACUGAUCGAGCCACCCAGAGUGCCUAUUUAGAACAUUUAACAUAUCCAUUCUCCUAGUUAAGGAAUUUAGAUUAUAUAAAUCUUUGUCACCACAAAAAACUAAGUAAAGAAUUUUCUUAUAAAUGUUCUCUUAAAAAUA